ACGUCGAAUCUCGCGAUAGCACCAUAACAACAGUGGGUAUAUCAUGGCGGCUCCCUGUGACUUCAGCAGCAUGAGCUCGUAACUACCAGCUGCAACUCUUUAUCUUCAAAACGAAAUAGUUUAAUAAUUUGGAGCCUAUAAACAAUUCAAGAACGUAGAGAAGCUACCGAGGACCGAAGCUGGCAUUACAGUGUGCGACGCAGACCAUAAAGCCAUCCCUCGGUGUCCAGUGAGUGCUGUGAUGUCCCCGCCAUCUCACAGACUCAGACAGCUACACUGCCGGAGGAAACACUACCCGAGUAGCACCUACCUCACCCACGUCUGACGGCUGCGGCAGCGAAUCCUGAAGGCAGACAGCAAGGAAUAACAAGAGGUGUUUCAACUAGGAAAAAGUUCCAGAACAAUAGAUAUGUCUGGUCCAGUCGAGAGUGGUGAAAGUGGAGGGGUAGGCAGUGCAGGGCAGGAUGCAGAGGCAGACGGCGAGCCCCCUCAAUCGCUGCAUCGUCCUGCCCAGGAGGAGAGCUGGGUGCUGGGAGAGCCAGUGGAGGAGGAGGCCCCCCGUGCAGCCAAACAACCUAGGCUAGGUGGAGAGAGCCUGGGGCUAGAGCUAAGUCUGAACCUCCCUGGGUCCUAUGAUCCACCAGCCCCAGUAACAGUGGGCAGGCUUGAUACACAGGAGGGCUUGGCUCAGUCAAUGCAAGAUGAUGCGCCAGUCCUGCAAGGAGAGCUGGGAGUUGGAGUUAUUGGGAGGGAGGUCAAGGAGGUAGCUGUAGAAGAAGAGGUCAAGCAGAAUGGAGAUGGAGAGGAGGAGAAGGCCGGGGAGAAGGAGCAGGAGGAGGAACAGCAGGAGGAGCAGGAGAGUACUGGUUCAGCCAACAGCCCCAGUGAAGGACAGCACCUGGGACUAGAUUUCAGCCAGAACCCCCAGAUGUUGACUGGUUCUUGGGCCGAGUAUGCCAACCUCCCAGAGAACUACCUCAGAGGCUGCAAAUGGGCCCCAGACGGCUCCUGCAUCCUCACCAACAGUGCAGACAACGUGCUGCGUGUGUACAACCUGCCUCCAGAGCUCUACAGCUACAACUGGGACCUGCUCACUGAGAUGAGCCCAGUGCUGAGGAUGGCAGAAGGAGACACCAUCUAUGACUACUGCUGGUACCCCAAGAUGAGCUCUCUGGACCCAGACUCCUGUUUCAUCGCCAGCAGUAGCCGCGACAACCCGGUCCACAUCUGGGACGCGUUCUCCGGCGAGGUGCGGGUCAGCUUCCGCCCGUACAACCACCUGGACGAGCUGACGGCUGCCCACUCCCUCUGCUUCUCCCCGGACGGCGCCCAGCUGUACUGCGGCUUCGACAAGGCGGUCCGCGUGUUCUACACCGAGCGGCCCGGACGCAGCUGCGAGGAGAGGCCCACCACGGUGAAGAAGCAGGGCCAAACUGGCAUCAUCUCCUGCAUGGCGUUCAGCCCGUGCCAGUCCGUGUACGCCUGCGGCUCGUACUCCCGCACCGCCGGCCUCUACGACUGCCAGGACGGCUCCUCGCUCGCCCUGAUGCCCACGCGGCACAGCGGCGGCCUCACCCACCUGCUGUUCUCCCCGGACGGACGCCACCUCUACACAGGGGGGCGCAAGGAUCCAGAGAUCCUGUGCUGGGACCUGAGAGACCCUGGCAAGGUCCUGUUUUCUCUGAAGAGGAACGUGGACACCAACCAGCGCAUCUACUUUGACCUGGACCCGUCUGGCAGGUACCUGCUGAGUGGAGACACGGAGGGCGUGGUGUCAGUGUGGGACACCCUCACAGCGCCCCCUGAUGGCAGCGAGGAGCUUCUGCAGCCCCAGCUGCAGUUCCAGGCUCACAGAGACUGCACCAACGGCAUCAGUAUCCACCCCUUCAUGCCGCUGCUGGUGUCGUCCAGUGGGCAGCGGCAGUUCCUCUGGCCCGGCGACAGUGAGGGCGACUCGGCCUCCGACUCCGAGGGCGUCGCCAUGGUGACGUCGCCGCAGGUCCGCCAGGACAACGCCCUGACCCUGUGGUGGGCCGGCCCAUUGUGCCCUGCAGGGGAGGGGGGGCAGGAGCAGACCGCAAUCGUGGUGGAGGACUAGCCCAACUGUUCAGCUGUCCCUUCUCUCUCCUUUGGACUAAACCAAACUUAAAACUGCCAUUUAGUUCGAACAACAAUAUUGUCAAAGAUGUCACUGGGUUUUACAGAGUGUUCAUUGUAUCCAAACGCUGAUGUGUUUAGUCAGCAAACCAUGCUAACAUGCUAAUGUCUAGGCUCAACAUUAUCUACCGAUCACCCCCGGCAACCACUCAGGGCCAAAGCCAGACUCUAGUCUCACAGCACCGUGUGGAUGUACAUGUAUCUUCCAGUGAUGCGUCUCCUAGGGGAGUGUUUACCUGUCUACAUUGAAGCUCAGACCUGCCUCAAAUGCUUUGAUCGAACGCUUGUAUUUGUGGGUGUGUUUGAUUUCUCUCACUUGGCACUCCUGUGUCUGUUCUAUUGCUGCAAAUGCACAGGGGGAAUUAAAUCAAGCACGCCCCAAGUACGGUACAGGUAUUUUCGAAUGAUAUUUGAUGCAGGUUUGGUCUGUAGUGCGGCCGGAGGAAAUGGCCCUUCUGCUGUAGUUAAGUGCCAUUCAUAAGUGAGCUUUGAUUUCAUAAGUGAGCUUUGGUUUGUAACCAGACAUUAGGUAUCCUUCUGGUGGUCUUUUUAAAUUGUCGUGUGUGCCAAGGUGUCGCUGUACACGCGCCAGUAAAUGUAUAUUUUUGUAAAGCCAUGAUGUUUUUGAAUGUACUUAUAAACUGUAAGCAGCUAGCGUUUCUGCUGUGACCUCCACCAUCAA